CAAAUGAGUUAUUGGCGAAGGAGAGUAUAAGAAAGUUGAAGCAAAGCUUAGAGGAUGAUGGUCACCCAUUUUAUUCUCUCAUCAUCGAUGAAACUACAGAUGUGUCAACAAAAAAAUCUCUGGUUAUAGUGAUAAGCUUUUUGAUAAGAUAGGAGUAAAAGAUACAUUUCUAAGUUUGAUUCAAGUAGAAAGUGCUACAUCUGAAUCUAUAUUUAAUGCAAUAAUUAAUGUUUUAAAUACUUAUGGUAUAUCUCUUGAAAAUAUGAUUGGAUUUGGUGCAGACAAUGCUAGUGUGAUGAUGGGACAUAAAGCAGGAGUUCAAGCUAAGUUUAAGGAGAAAAAUAAAGAUUUGUUUGUUUUGGGGUGCACAUGCCAUUCAUUGCACUUAUGUUCCAGUGCAGCUUGUACAAAAUUACCAAAGUCUGUUGAGGAGUUUGUGAGAAGUUUAUAUAACCAUUUUUCCAAUAGUGCUAAGCGGAUUGCAGACUUUGAACAAUUCCAAUUUUUUAUUGAUUUGAAGCCCCAUAAAAUGUUACGUCCAUCACAGACAAGAUGGCUGUCUCUGCAGGCUGUGGUGGAUAGGGUUCUUACAGUAUGGGAAGCUCUUAAACUUUAUUUUACUAACUUUAUUUUUGAAACUAAAAUAGAUAGUUUGCAUGUAGACGGAAUUCUACUUGAACACUUAAAAAAUCCUAUAUAUAUAUUAUACUUGCUAUUUCUUUCUUAUAUACUAAAUGUAAUAAACUCAAUGAAUCUAAUAUUUCAGUCUGAAAACACUCAAAGUCAAAAUUUGUAUUCUAAAUUUACAAGCACAUAUAAAACAAUAUUAAAAAAUUACAUCAAAAAAGAUAUUACUAAUAAUAUGCAAUUGUCUAAAAUUAAUACUGCUAACCCAGAUUUUUUUGUAAACCUUGAAGAUUUAUAUAUAGGGCCAAAGGCAGCAUUAUUUUUAAGUGAAAACAGUAUCUUGGAGUCAGAAUUAAACAAGUUUAGGGUAAAUAUAUUAGGUUUUUAUGUUGAACUUUCGACACAAAUAAGAAAAAGAUUUAAUUUUGAUGACACUUUUUUACAAUUUUUAACUAAUUUUCAGCCCAAAGUAGCUAUGAGUGGCGAUAUUGCGUCAAUUUUUGAAGCUCAAAAGUAUUUUAAAUUUCUCAAUUUAUCCCCUCAGAAAUUAGACUUAGAGUGGCGAAUGUUACCAGAUAUUGAUUUAAAAAAACAAACAACUGAUUUUGAUUCUUUUUGGUCACACGUAUUUGACUGUAAAAACGAGCUAGAUAUUGAAAUGUUUCCAAACCUAACAAAAUUAAUAAAGACUCUAAUGUGCCUGCCUCAUUCUUCUGCUGCAGCCGAAAGAAAAUUUUCUAAAUUAAGUCUUAUUAAAAACGAUCUAAGAAAUAGACUGAAUAUAACUACGUGCAAUUCCAUCUUAUUAUCCUUAGAUAUGCUGGAUAAUAACGUAUGCUAUACAUGGCAACCUUCAGAAAAACUUUUGCAACAAAAGCCAAAAUAUUUAUAGAAAUAUAAAAUGUAAUUAAUUAUUUAUUGUAUAAUAUGUAUACAUCAUUAGUUAAUAGGUUUACUUUUGUUUUUUGUUAUUUAAGUAUCUGGACAAAGAGACAUUUUUUUUAUAUAAAUAUACAUAUCUUAUUUU